GGCCGAAGGUGGGGCUCGUUUGUGCGGUCUAGCUAGCUAGCUAGCUAGAGCCCUGCAUAGGGCGGGGCUAGCAGCUUGUGCCGGUACACCUUGACCCCAUCCUGGCAGCGCUACCGAUUUUUCACGUGACACCGAGAGAAGGGCAGCUAAAGCUCUGAUCCCGCUUUGUCGUCGUUUCGGCCGAUCACCGUCGCAUCUAUAACCAGUUUAGAUCUUAUGAGGUAGAAGAAUCAUCGAGUAAAAAGAGAAAAAAUGUCUGAAAAGGACAGACUGAGCGUGUUUCCCUCCAGAAUGGCACUUCAGCAGAUGAAGAUGCGUCUAAAAGGAGCUCAGAAGGGACACAGUCUUUUGAAGAGGAAAGCCGAUGCCCUCACCCUCAGAUUUAGACAAAUCCUCUCCAAAAUAAUUGAGACCAAGAACCUGGUGGGUGAGAUCAUGAAGGAAGCGGCUUUCUCACUCGCUGAAGCAAACUUUGCAGCAGGAGACAUCAGUCAAAAUGUCCUGCAGACUGUAGAGAAGGCUCAGAUCAAAGUCAGAAUGAAGAAGGAUAAUGUUGUUGGUGUCCAACUCCCUGUAUUUGAGGGCUACAACGAUGGAGCUGACACCUAUGAGCUGACAGGUCUCUCCCGAGGAGGUCAGCAAGUGUCCAAGUGUAAGGAGAUGUUUGGGAAGGCAGUGAAACUCAUGGUCGACCUGGCCACCAUGCAGACGUCGUUCAUUAUCCUGGAUGAAGUGAUAAAGAUAACCAACAGGAGGGUCAAUGCUAUUGAGCACGGUAAACCCACCCACACUCUAUAUACACAAGAGGUAUAUAGCCACCAAUAGAUCACCCACCCAGAGCAGCAUACAUGAAUCUAACCCCCAACCUACCACUCUGUAAUGCUACUACCGAGCAUAUAUACAUUGAAUGUGCACAGUAGCCGUGAAAUGAAUUAGCUUCACAUGAUGAUGUCGUGUUUGUUGUAUGUCCAGUGAUCAUUCCACGGAUCCAGAACACUCUCAAGUAUAUCACAACUGAGCUGGACGAGAGGGAGAGAGAAGAGUUUUACAGGUGGGGCCUAGUGGCUUAGUCUCGCCCCGGCCAGACAUAAUUCUUUUCUAGCUCUGAUAGUCUGGCUCGUACCUGAAAUUUACUCCGUUUCUCUGUAGACUGAAGAAGAUUCAGGAGAAGAAGAAGAAAGCCAAGGCAAUAGCCGAGAUUGAAGCAAAACUGAGACUAGCUGCAAGAGAGGCAGAAGGAGGAGGAAGAGGAGGAGAUGCUUCAAAGACCAUAUUUGAUACCGGAGAAGAUGACGACUUACUGUUCAAAUGAUCAACUCUGUGUAGCUCAGUCUAUAUCAGUAUAUAGUCAUCUGUGUAGUUGUUAGUUCGCUGUCGGUCGGUCGCGCUCGCGCGCUCU